UGUAAGUUUUGGUAUUAUUCGCCACCGCGGAAUCCUAAGUUUAUUUGUAAGGAACCAAUUCAGCGUCCACCGCCCCCACGCCUCGGGUCCUUCGAAGGAGCGUGAGCCUCAAAUCUCAGCACGCACAGCCUGACCGCCGCCGCGGUCCAAGGCGGCUGAGGCCAAAUUUCUUCUCCUCAAACUGCAUGGAGAACACCUAUGCCUCUCCUAGUUCCGGUGAACUCAGCAGUUUCAAUUCGAUGUCUGGAACAACGACCCGACCCGUCAAAAUCAUUCCUUUGCAGCAUCCUUCCACCACUACAGCGACGUCGUCUUCAUCUUCAUUUUCUGGUGUUUUGACCAGAUGGAGUGCAAAGGUGAAGCGGAUGACGUGGAUGGAAUGGAUUGAAUUUUUCUUGCCAUGUUACCGUUGGAUUAGUACCUACAGAUGGCGGGAGUAUUUACAGCCGGAUCUUAUGGCCGGGGUCACUGUCGGCGUCAUGCUUGUUCCUCAGUCCAUGUCUUACGCAAAGCUAGCUGGGCUUCAACCAAUAUACGGACUUUAUUCUGGUUUUGUUCCUAUAUUUGUGUAUGCUUUAUUUGGCUCAUCUCGCCAGCUUGCAAUCGGUCCUGUGGCGUUGACUUCCCUUCUGGUCUCUAAUGUCUUGGGCAGCAUAGUUGACUCAUCAGAGGCAUUGUACACAGAGCUUGCAAUAUUGUUGGCACUUAUGGUUGGCGUAUUUGAAUGCAUAAUGGGGAUUUUAAGGCUUGGAUGGCUUAUUCGGUUCAUCAGCCAUUCUGUGAUUUCUGGUUUUACGACUGCUUCAGCCAUUGUAAUUGCCUUGUCUCAGGCAAAAUAUUUCUUGGGAUAUGAUAUAACAAGAAGUAGCAAAAUUAUUCCGCUGGUCAAGAGCAUAAUUUCAGGAGCAGAUAAGUUUUCGUGGCCUCCUUUUGUUAUGGGUUCUAUUAUUCUUGCUAUUAUUCUAACAAUGAAGCACCUGGGAAAAUCAAGGAAAUGUUUGCGUUUUCUGCGAGCAGCUGGUCCCCUUACUGCCGUUGUUUUGGGUACAACCUUUGUGACAAUUUAUCAUCCAUCUUCAAUUACAUUGGUUGGAGAAAUACCUCAAGGGCUACCUAAAUUUUCUGUCCCUAAGGAAUUUGGGCACAUAAAAUCUUUGAUUCCAACAGCAAUGCUCAUUACUGGUGUGGCGAUUUUGGAAUCUGUAGGAAUUGCCAAAGCACUGGCAGCUAAGAAUGGAUAUGAGUUGGAUUCAAAUCGAGAGUUGUUUGGUCUUGGUGUGGCAAAUAUUUUUGGAUCAUUCUUUUCAGCAUACCCUACAACAGGAUCAUUCUCUAGGUCUGCCGUGAAUCAUGAAAGUGGAGCUAAAACUGGUUUAUCUGGGAUUAUAAUGGGAAUUAUAAUGGGCUGUGCACUACAGUUCCUUACUCCAUUAUUUGAAUACAUUCCCCAGUGUGCUCUGGCUGCCAUUGUGAUUUCUGCUGUAAUUGGAUUGGUAAGUAUAUUUCAGCUGUGAACAGUUCACUCGACUAGGGUUUUUUGCCUGUGUACUAUUUAAUUUAGCUUCUACAUGCUAGCAUCGGGACUGAGUGGGCUGGGGAGUGGAGAGCUCACUGCCGAAAUCCCUGCAGGGUGUAUUUGAAAAUUUUAAACUUGUUGCUCUCUACUUUAUGAUUACAGCAUAAUAUCAUGGUGUAGAUGCUGUCUUGCUAUUUUAUUUUGCAAAAGGAAUUAGACUUGAGUUAUUUCUUUGGCCGAUCGUUUUAUGUACUAUAUGGAUGCAGUGCAAGAAUGUAUUAUUAAAUUGGAUUAAAAUGUUAUCCCAGUUUUGGCAUAUCCACAAUUCUUUUUGAUUCUUUGAAGUGGUUCAUAUUUUAGGGAAGCCAACAAAGGGGUUCACGUGAUAUAAUAGCAGUAAUGCCAUAUUCUAAUUGUCAGAGAAUUGUUUCAUAGAUUACAGGAUUCACCACUUAAAAUUGUUAUCUUUUCAUUAUUGGUAGUGAAUAUGCUUUUGUUUAUAUUAAAGAUCUAACUUCGUGUUGACCUUCUGUUUAGAUACCAUUUCAAUUUUAAUCGAUCACAUUCCAUUACUUUGUCGAAUUUGAAAUAAUUUUUGCCAUAUUGCCUCUUAACAGUUUUAUAACUGCUGGAAAUAUUGAUUUUUAGGGAGUUUAAUUUAACUUGUAUAGUUUAAUGUCCUGUAAGUACCUUCUUCUUGGGGUAAGAAAUAUUGAGGCUUCAGUUUGUGAUU